GGUUUAUGAAAUACAGAGAGUAUUACCAGUUAUGCACAUUCCAAGAACCUGAACAUUUCCAGAGAACUAGCCUGGGUUUAUAAAAACAAAUCAAGGGCAGGUCACGGCAUUCACUUUCUGUGGGAGUGCAUGUUCAAACUCUGGCAUUGCUGGGGCUCCUGUCAGAGAUUUUUCUUUCGCUUUGCAAAGUUUCUGAUGGGCGGGGCAUCUAGCAAUCCCUUUAUUUCCCAAGCUGUGUUUCGACUUGCUUUUGGAGCAAGUGGUUUCCUGCACUUUUCACAGUUUUUAGCAGAGGAGAACCUGACACAGUGGUGAGCACUGUCAAUGCUAGAUGUGCCCUGAAGGGUCUCCAAAAUGAGAUUUCCAGCAAAAAUCGUGUGGCUUGUGUUGUGGACCGUUUGUGUCGCAGAAGACUGCAAAGAACCCCCUCCCAGAAAAGAAACAGAAAUCCUGUCAGGUUCUUGGACUGAACAAACAUAUCAAGAGGGCACUCAGGCUACAUAUAAAUGCCGCCCUGGAUACAGAACUCUGGGGAGUAUUGUAAUGAUGUGCAGGGGUGGAAAAUGGGUGUCUCUUAAUCCAUCGAGGAUAUGUCGGAAAAAGCCCUGUGCACACCCUGGAGACACUCCAUUUGGUUCUUUCCAUCUUGCAGAAGGAACUCAGUUUGAAUAUGGUGCAAAGGUUGUUUAUACGUGUGAUGAGGGGUAUCAGAUGGUGGGUGAGAUGAAUUUCCGUGAAUGUGACACAAAUGGAUGGACCAAUGAUAUUCCCAUAUGUGAAGUUGUUAAGUGUUUACCAGUGACAGAACCAGAGAAUGGGAAAAUUUUCAGUGAUGCCCUGGAACCAGACCAAGAAUAUACCUAUGGACAAGUGGUACAGUUUGAGUGUAAUUCAGGCUACAUGCUGGAUGGACCCAAACAAAUACAUUGCUCAGCAGGUGGUGUUUGGAGUGCAGAAACACCAAAAUGUGUAGAAAUUUUCUGCAAAACACCAGUCAUUUUAAAUGGACAAGCUGUACUUCCAAAGGCAACCUAUAAGGCAAAUGAACGAGUUCAAUACAGAUGUGCAGCCGGUUUUGAAUAUGGUCAGAGAGGAGAUACAGUAUGCACUAAAUCUGGAUGGACUCCAGCUCCUACUUGUAUAGAAAUAAUAUGUGAUCCUCCUCGUAUUCCAAACGGUGUGUACAGACCUGAAUUAAGCAAAUACAGAGGUCAAGAUAAAAUCACUUAUGAGUGUAAAAAGGGUUUUUUUCCCGAGAUACGUGGAACUGAUGCAACGUGUACCAGAGAUGGCUGGGCACCUGUUCCGAGAUGUGCCUGGAAACCUUGUAGUUAUCCAGUAAUAAAACAUGGACGGCUAUCUUAUGCAUACAGAGGAUACUUUCCAGCACGUGUAAAUCAACAGUUUGUCUAUAACUGUGAUCCGUCUUUUGUGCCUCCUUCACAACGUUCCUGGAACUACCUGACUUGCACAGCAGAAGGAUGGUCUCCAGAAGAACCAUGCCUCAGACAAUGUAUUUUCAAUUAUUUGGAAAAUGGACAUACCCCAUCUCCUGAAGAAAAAUAUUUACAGGGUGAAACUGUAAGAGUUCACUGCUAUGAAGGCUACAGUCUUCGAAAUGAUCAGAACACAAUGACCUGCACAGAGAGUGGCUGGUCUCCUCCUCCCAGAUGCAUCCGUGUCAAAACAUGUUCAAAAUCCAAUAUAAGGAUUGAGAAUGGAUUUUUGUCUGAAUCUACCUUUACGUAUCCCCUAAAUAAACAAACAGAAUAUAAGUGUAAACCAGGAUAUGUAACAGCAGAUGGUAAGACAUCAGGGUUAAUUACAUGUCUGCAAAAUGGAUGGUCAGCUCAACCUGUAUGCAUUAAAUCCUGUGACAGGCCAGUAUUUGAGAAGGCCAGAGUCAAAAGUGAUGGCACGUGGUUCAGGCUGAACGACAGGCUGGACUACGAAUGUGUUGAUGGGUAUGAGAACCGAGAUGGACGCACCACAGGCUCCAUAGUAUGUGGUCAAGACGGCUGGUCUGAUAAAGCUGCAUGCUAUGAAAGAGAAUGCAGUAUUCCUGAAAUGGAUCCAUACUUAAAUGCUUAUCCCAGGAAGGAUACAUAUAAAGUUGGAGAUGUGCUGAAAUUCUCCUGCAGUCCAGGCCGUAUUAUGGUUGGAGCAGAUUCAGUUCAGUGCUACCACUUUGGAUGGUCCCCUAAACUUCCAACGUGUGAAGUAAGGAAAGUAAAGUCCUGUGCUCUACCUCCUGAACUUCCUAAUGGGAAAGGGAAAGAAAUACACAAGGAAGAAUAUGCACACAAUGAGGUCGUGGAAUAUACUUGCAACCCCAAAUUUCUGAUGAAGGGUUCUCGUAAAAUUCAGUGUGUUGAUGGAGAAUGGACAGCUUUACCUGUGUGUAUUGAGGAGGAGCGUACCUGUGGAAAUAUAUCUGACCUUGAUCACGGCGAUGUCAAGCCUUCUGUCCCUCCCUAUCACCAUGGAGACUCGGUUGAGUUCAGUUGCAGAGAAGCAUUUACAAUGAUUGGACCCAGAUUUAUCAUGUGUAUUAGUGGAGAGUGGACCCAGCCUCCUCAGUGCAUUGCAACAGAUGAACUUAGGAAGUGUAAAUGGCCAACAUCAUAUUCACCUGAAGGAAAACAAGCACAUAUGAUUGAAUAUGACCAUAGCACCAACAAAACUUACCAAUGUCGAGGAAAAUCAGGCAAAAUCAGACACAAACACUCAGUCUGUAUAAAUGGAGAAUGGGAUCCUAAAGUAGACUGCAAUGAAGAAGCAAAAAUACAACUAUGCCCACCUCCACCUCAGGUUCCCAAUGCUCGAGAUAUGACAACUACAGUGAAAUAUCAGGAUGGAGAAAAAAUAUCAAUUCUAUGUAAAGAAAAUUAUUUAAUUCAAGAUGCAGAAGAAAUUGUGUGCAAGAAUGGGAGCUGGCAGUCAAUCCCACAAUGUAUUGAAAUAAUAUGUGAUCCUCCUCGUAUUCCAAACGGUGUGUACAGACCUGAAUUAAGCAAAUACAGAGGUCAAGAUAAAAUCACUUAUGAGUGUAAAAAGGGUUUUUUUCCUGAGAUACGUGGAACUGAUGCAACGUGUACCAGAGAUGGCUGGGCACCUGUUCCGAGAUGUGCCUGGAAACCUUGUAGUUAUCCAGUAAUAAAACAUGGACGGCUAUCUUAUUCAUACAGAGGAUACUUUCCAGCACGUGUAAAUCAACAGUUUGUCUAUAACUGUGAUCAGUCUUUUGUGCCUCCUUCACAACGUUCCUGGAACUACCUGACUUGCACAGCAGAAGGAUGGUCUCCAGAAGAACCAUGCCUCAGACAAUGUAUUUUCAAUUAUUUGGAAAAUGGACAUACCCCAUCUCCUGAAGAAAAAUAUUUACAGGGUGAAACUGUAAGAGUUCGCUGCUAUGAAGGCUACAGUCUUCAAAAUGAUCAGAACACAAUGACCUGCACAGAGAGUGGCUGGUCUCCUCCUCCCAGAUGCAUCCGUGUCAAAACAUGUUCAAAAUCCAAUAUAAGGAUUGAGAAUGGAUUUUUGUCUGAAUCUACCUUUACAUAUCCCCUAAAUAAACAAACAGAAUAUAAAUGUAAACCAGGAUAUGUAACAGCAGAUGGUAAGACAUCAGGGUUAAUUACAUGUCUGCAAAAUGGAUGGUCAGCUCAACCUGUAUGCAUUAAAUCCUGUGACAGGCCAGUAUUGGACAAGGCCAGAGUCAAAAGUGAUGGCACGUGGUUCAGACUGAACGACAGACUGGACUACGAAUGUGUUGAUGGGUAUGAGAACCGAGAUGGACGCACCACAGGCUCCAUAGUAUGUGGUCAAGACGGCUGGUCUGAUAAAGCUGCAUGCUAUGAAAGAGAAUGCAGUAUUCCCGAAAUGGAUCCAUACUUAAAUGCUUAUCCCAGGAAAGAAACAUUUAAAGUUGGAGAUGUGCUGAAAUUCUCCUGCAGUCAAGGCCGUAUUAUGGUUGGAGCGGAUUCAGUUCAGUGCUACCACUUUGGAUGGUCCCCUAAAUUUCCAACGUGUGAAGCAAGGAAAGUAAAAUCUUGUGCUCCACCUCCUCAACUUCUUAAUGGGAAAGGGAAAAAAUUACACAAAGAAGAAUAUGCACACAAUGAGGUCAUGGAAUAUGCUUGCAACCCCAGAUUUCUGAUGAAGGGUUCUCAUAAAAUUCAGUGUGUUGAUGGAGAAUGGACAGCUUUACCUGUGUGUAUUGAGGAGAAGCGUACCUGUGGAGAUAUACCUGACCUUGAUCAUGGCGAUAUCAAGCCUUCUGAACCUCCCUAUCACCAUGGAGACUCGGUAGAGUUCAGUUGCAGAGAAGCAUUUACAAUGAUUGGACCCAGAUUUAUCACGUGUAUUAGUGGAGAGUGGACCCAGCCUCCUCAGUGCAUUGCAACAGAUGAACUUAAGAAGUGUAAAGGGUCAAAAUUAUUUCCACCUGAAGGGAGACCAACACAUAUGAUUCAAUAUGACCAUAGCACCAACAAAAGUUACCAAUGUCGAGGAAAAUCAGAACACAAACACUCAAUAUGUAUAAAUGGAGAAUGGGAUCCUAAAGUAGACUGCAAAGAAGAAGCACAAAUACAACCAUGCCCACCUCCACCUCAGGUUCCCAAUGCUCGAGAUAUGACAACUACAGUGAAAUAUCAGGAUGGAGAAAAAAUAUCAAUUCUAUGUAAAGAAAAUUAUUUAAUUCAAGAUACAGAAGAAAUUGUGUGCAAGGAUGGGAGAUGGCAGUCAAUCCCACGUUGUACUGUCUCUCAAGGAAAAUGUGGGCCUCCUCCACCAAUAGACAAUGGAGAAAUUACCUCACUCCUGCAAUCAGUAUAUCCUCCAGGAACGAUUGUUGAGUACCGGUGUCAGCUCUACUAUGAACUUCGGGGAAACAGAAACGUAGUAUGUCAGAAUGGAGAGUGGUCACAACCACCAAAAUGCUUAGAGGCAUGUCUAAUUUCAGAAGAAACGAUGAAAAAACAUCACAUACAGUUAAGAUGGAAAUACGAUAAAAAAUUUUACUCUAAAACAGAGGAUACUAUUGAAUUUAUGUGUCAAUAUGGUUAUCGUCAACUGACACCAAAACAUACAUUUCGAACAACUUGUUGGGAAGGAAAGGUGGUGUAUCCUCGAUGUGGAUAAAACCUUGACCAAAUGCAGUUGUAAAACUGAAAUAUGUACAUGCAUUCAGAUUUUUCCUUAUUAAUUCAAUUAUGUUUCUUUUAUCAAGUAUUUUUUAACUCAUCUUGAAUCAUAAAUCAGAUUUGUGUUAAAUAUUACGGGGACAAUGUAAUUGAGAGAUGGGUCCAAUGAAUCACUUCUUAAAAGUACCUCAUUAAACUUGGCAAAUCAAAA